AUGAACCCAACAUGGGCUGCGUUAACUCGAAGUUCAAGUACAAUUAGAGCAUCUCCUUAUUUCGUUGAGGACUCUAUUUUGUCAUCGCCAAUUGGUCCAUUGGUUUCCCCCAUUAUGGGAUCAGACAUGGACAAAUGUGUCCAAAAGAGGUUUAUUUUUUCUAGCACAAAGCUAAGUGCACUAAAAUCCUCAAUUGGCAUGCAAAAUGUAACGAGCAGCGAGGCUGUGAGUGCACUUCUCUACAAAUGUGCUGCAUUUUCUGCCAUCACUAAUAAUUCAGGAAAUAUCUUUAGCAUAUUCUCCUCACCGAUAUACCACAAGAAGGAAGAACUCAAGUUAUCAAAAUUAGUAGCUGAUAUAAAGAAGUCUAAAAACAACCUCUCCACAAGGAAGAAUGUUGAAGAAAAUGAGUUGGCUAUAGAGAUGCUAGAUGCAUAUAGAACAGGGGAGUCGAUAUUCCAUAAAAGGAAAUGUGAUGUGUACUCUUCAAGUAGCUUAUGUAAGUUCCCAUUUAUACAAGAUUUAGAUUUUGGAUUUGGGAAGCCAAUUAGAGCAAGCAUGGCCAAGGGUCCAUUUAACAAGGCUAUGUUCUUGAUGAGGACAAAUGAUGGAGGAAUUGAAGCAUUAGUUAACUUGAAUGAAGAAGAAAUGUCUGUGUUCGAGCAUGAUGAGCACCUUCUUCAAUUUGCUGCUCCUGUUAACUAUGAACAACAAUAA